AUGCAAGACACGCCGCUGAGUGGUCCACCGGGUCCAACCCUCUUCGUGACAGGCCUCCCGGUCGAUUGCACCAACGACUUCUGCAAGUCCAUCUUCGGGCAGUAUGGCAUCGUGAAGGACGCUCGGAUGCUCCCAGUUCUUCCGGGCAAAACGGCUGCCGCAGCGGUUGUGGAGAUGAACACCGCAGAUGAUGCGAAGUGGAUCGUGGAGCAUGUGAAUGGCAACGUCCCGCAGAGCCUGACAACCCCCGUCACUGUUUCCUUCAAGUUCAGAGGAUUCAAAGGAAAGGGAGAGAAGGGCUUCGGGAAGGGCUUCGGUUUCGGCGGCUUGGACUUGGGUGGAGGAAAGGGCGCUGAGAGCGGCCCAAACCCUGCUGCAGCGGCAUUGUUGCAGGUGCUGGUUCCUCUGGUGGCUGCUGUUGCCGGCGGUGGCGGCGGAGGCGCUGCUGAAGGAGGCAAAGGCGCGUGGUGA